AUAAAAUAUUUCAUAGUUGUAUUUUUGAACGAACUGUGUUUAUUUUGACCCAGUUUUAAUCAUUUCGUCCGAGCCUUCCAGCAGUCUACAUCCGCUCUCAAAAGAGAUGGCGUCGACGUCGUAUAAGAUUAAAUGAAUGUGCGUCGCAGUCAUGGCACAUCGCGAUCGAACUCGCCAGUAACGCUGCGCAAGAUCAAUUUGCAGCCCCUCUGAAUAUCUCUUCUUACGUAAAGGGUAGUGAGUGAGGAGAGUCGUACACCAUGGCUGAUAAAAAAGGGAGUGAAUUUUAUACUCGACCUCCAGUUUUGGGGAAAUGGGAAGGUUUCCGACAGUUUCUGUGGAAUCCUGAAACCAGCCAGUUCCUUGGAAGAACUGGAUCUAGCUGGGGAAAAAUCAUAUUAUUCUACAUCCUCUUCUACAUUGUGUUAAUAGGAUUCUUCGCUGCAUUGAUGGCAGUGUUUUAUCAAACUUUAGACCCAACCAAACCAAAAUGGGAACUUGAGAAGUCAUUGAUCGGCAAUAAUCCAGGAUUGGGAUUCAGGCCUAUGCCACCAGAAAGUAAUGUGGAAAGUACUUUGAUCUGGUAUAAAAGCAGUGACAAAGGAAAUGUUAAUUACUGGCAGGAAGAACUGCGAAAGUUUUUGAAACCUUAUGAACGGGAUGAUACUACUACUGCAGCUCCCAAUGUGAUACAAUGUGCAAAGCAUCAGAGUCCUCCUCCCGGAAAAGUUUGUGAAGUGAGGGUUACUUCAAAAUGGCAUCCGUGUCUGUCAGAAGCUGGGUUUGGAUUCGAAGACGAGAAGGGUGGCCCAUGUAUAUUUCUCAAACUCAACAAGAUAUACAAUUGGUACCCUGAAUAUUACAAUACCUCUAAUCUUCCUGGAUCGGAUCAAAUGAAUGAAUAUCUCCGAAGAGAUAUCGAGGAAGCUCAAAAUAUACAUCAGCACGAAAUGGUCUGGGUUACCUGUGAAGGAGAAAAUCCAGCUGAUAAAGAAAAUAUUGGCCCGAUACGAUACAUACCACAUAAAGGAUUCAUGUCACAAUAUUUCCCAUUCAAAAAUCAAGAAGGUUACUUGAGUCCUUUGGUUGCCGUCCAUUUUGAACAACCAAAACGAGGAAUUUUGAUCAACAUCGAAUGCAAGGCGUGGGCGAAAAAUAUCAUUCAUGAUCGUGUUGACAGAAGAGGGUCUGUUCAUUUUGAAUUGAUGAUAGAUUAAGUCUUAAACAUCCAUCGUAGUAACGAGAGAGGGCUUCAACAACUGCCACCAAAUACUUCACCAUUCUACACAAUGGCAACGGUCUAGAUAGUUUAGUUCACAUAAAACAUGUCAUCUUAGCAAUCAUCUCAGCAAUCAGUUUGAAAAUAAUACAUACAUUACGAAUAUUCUCAUCAAUCAGGUUGAAAUGUUUUCGAUAAAAAAUCAGUUAUGAAUUUUGAACCCAAAUAAGCUCUCAAAUAAGUAAUACAAAGUCCGUAUUGCUACUAAUGUUCAAAUUCUCAAACAAUUUUUUGGUAUAAUCAAACAUUGAUACAAAUAUCACUGAUUUCAUUUAUAUUACCAGUCACUUUUUUGAAUAGGUCGCUUAAGUUUGACUUGCAACUGAUUAGACAAGAGAGAAGCUUCAAUGGUGUCAAAUCAACCAAUAUCUCAUCAAAGAAGAGUAAUUUUUUGAUUCAGGUACUUGACACAUUACAGUAAAGGAAAUUAUAUUACUGUUAUCAAUUGGACAUUGAAAAAUUUCGUUUGUCGUUCGUAUUGUGACAGGUCAACUUAUUAUUUAUGUACAUAGUAUUCGACGUAGGUUAUAGAAACAAUAAUUCAACAGUAUUUUUGCUCAUUCUAAAUGUGUUGGCUCUUACGUAGGUUUGAAAAGACCUCUUUAGAAUGUUUAUGUUGAAGCACUUGCUAUGAAUUGUUCAACAUAACCUAUUCACUUAGUAGGUACCUGCAUGACUUAUAUGUUAGAUACUUAAAUAUAAACGAGAAAGUUGUGUAAAAUACAACUUUUAGAUAUAUUUAUGGUUUUUAGAUAUUUUACCAAACAGUUUCCAAUGAUCCACGGACUGUCAAACUGUGGAUAUUUAGGGCAAAGGCAAUACUUUAAAAGAAAUGUAUUCAAAAGCGCACAGUAAAUUUAUCACUAUUGGAUAUGAAAUAGAAUAUCUAGUAAUAGUGAUUGCUAAAAUCACUGAAAACUUUUGAAAUUUGAAGCAGAAUCUGCGAACGAGAGAUGUAAAAAUGUAAACCUAAUCAUGUAUCUCUCACAACUUUGUACAUAACGUUGAAAAUAUAUAGUUUCAGAGAUAACCUUCAGUCUUUCCUGAAAUAUUUUUAUGACAUACAAAAAAUAUUUCCUCAAUGAAUGUUCUGAAAAAUAUAUUUCUCAACUGGUUGAAACAAUGUGUGAAUGAAUACACUAUGUUUCUACAAUUUUUGCUGAUUUUGUUGAACAAUUUUCAGCACUUUCUAUUUGUAAAAUCUAAAUGAAUUGAUGGAAUGAAUAUUCCAUGCUGAAAUCGUGGCAAUUCAUUGUCGCUGCACGUUGUUACUUGCAAUUUUUAUUGUGAUAUUGAAGAUUGGUUUUUGUUUGAGGUGAAAGUACCUCAACAAUCUGUUGCUGAAAGUUUCAAGAAUCUGUCAUGUAUAGAACGAUAAUAGUAUAAUAAUGUGAAUCUGCUACAUCGUUUGGAAUUAGAAAAAGCAAUUUAUUAUGCUUGAAUGUACUUCUUUUCUCAAAUGACUAAUUAAAAUAGUAGUUCUAUUA